CAAAGUUUAAACCCACACUGUAAAACCGGUGCCACAGUAAUUUUUUGAUGUAAAAGUAAAAGCAUGAAUGAGAAUUGGAAAGUAUGGUCAGCAUUGUACGUUACGAGACAGCACCGUUUGCGUCGUUUGCCAAGAAUGCAACGUCAGCUCCGACGACAGAAUACUUCGACUACAUCGUCAUCGGCGGCGGAACGGCAGGGUGUGCAUUGGCCGCGACCCUGUCGGAGGGGGCAAAGGUGUUGCUGCUAGAGAGAGGCGGCCUGCCGUACGGAAACCCCAACAUAACCACCCUAAACGGGUUCGCCAGAACCCUCGCCGACACGUCGCCGGACUCGGCCUCCCAGCUAUUCGUCUCCACCGACGGCGUUUUCAACCACCGAGCGCGCGUCCUGGGUGGGGGCUCCGCCUUGAACGCGGGGUUCUACACGAGGGCGAGCGCGGGGUACGUCGAGAGCGCCGGGUGGGACCAGGCGCUGGUCAACGAGUCGUACGAGUGGGUGGAGAGGAAGGUGGCGUUUCAGCCGCCGAUGCUUGCGUGGCAGUCGGCCGUGAGAGACGGGCUUCUAGAAGCUGGGGUGUUGCCGUACCACGGGUUUACAUACGAACAUCUCUACGGUACUAAGGUCGGGGGUACGAUAUUCGACGAGAAUGGGUAUCGGCACACGGCGGCUGACUUGUUGGAGUAUGCUGAUCCCGCCAAGAUCACUGUCUAUUUGUAUGCUACCGUCCAUAAAAUCUUUUUCAGGAAAGAAGAACAAGGAGAUCCUCGAGCAUACGCGGUGUUCUACAGGGACUCGAGCGGCAGCCGCCACCUGGCCUACCUAAACAGCGGGGCGGAGAAUGAGGUAAUCCUGUCAGCGGGGGCGGUGGGAAGCCCACAGAUGUUGAUGCUGAGCGGAAUCGGAUCGGCCCAGCAACUGAAAGCCCAUAACAUAGAGGUGAUACUGAACCAGCCCAUGGUGGGGCAGGGGAUGUCGGAUAACCCGAUGAACGCGGUGCUGAUUCCUUCGCCUCGGCCCGUUGAGGUUUCGCUGAUUCAGGUGGUGGGUAUCACACAUUUUGACAGCUAUAUAGAAGCCGCCAGUGGGUCCCUUGAGUUGGCUUGGAUGCACAGAAUGGCUGCUGACUUUGAAAGGCUUGCAAAUCUGAGCAGCAAGGCAAUGAAGAUGCCGACGUGGACAACGACUACGACGACAAACAUUACCUUAAUAACAAACACAACAACUGAGGGAGGAAAGAUGAAUGUCGCGAACCCAUACAUAGAGGCGAGCGUGCAGGCAGGGAUAAUCCUGGAGAAGGUGGCGGGCCCAUUUUCGACGGGGUACAUGGAGCUCCAAAGCAGGGACCCGUCCGACAACCCGAGGGUCACCUUCAACUACUUCAAAGACCCACGCGACUUGCAGAGGUGCGUGGAAGGUCUGGAGAUCAUCUCAAGGGUAAUUCAGUCAAGAUCCUUCUCCAGGUUCCGGUACCCUCUCACGUCGUCCCAGUCUCUCAUCGCCGCCAUGCUCACGCUGCCGCUGAACCUCAGGCCCAAACACGUCUCCGCCGCGGUGUCGCUGGAGCAGUUCUGCAUUGACACCGUCAUGACCAUUUGGCACUACCACGGUGGGUGCCAGGUCCGUAAGGUCGUGGACAAAGAUUAUAGGGUCAUCGGUGUCAAGGCUUUGCGCGUUGUUGAUGGCUCCACCUUUAUCAACUCCCCCGGAACCAAUCCUCAAGCCACCGUUAUGAUGCUCGGAAGGUAUAUGGGAAGGAGAAUCUUGGAGCAAAGAGCAAAUUCCCCACACCCAAAGUUAAACAGGAUUGUUAAUUAAUAUGGAACUUCAGAUUUUGUAUUUGAAUCACAUAUUUCAUCUGAUCUCAUGUAUGUGUAUACAUUAUUGGCAUUAUAUAUGGACAAUCAUUCUUAGAUGAGUUAGAUAUACUAGUAAGGAUUAUAAAAAUUAUAGUAUUAU